AUGACGGAAUGUUUUUCAGCUCGUUGUCAACAAGAUCGAAAAUUAGUUCGACGAGAAUUUAAUAAAUGGACAAAAAAUGUAUUAUUUCAAAUUGGUUUGGAAACAAUAACAAAAAAUCAUUUUGAUUUUGAUGUUAAUCUAUUUAAUCAAACAGAUGAUGGACGAAUACCAAUUGAUUUUAAUCCUAAACAAGAAUGUUUAUUUUGUAUUAAUCGACAAGAAUAUCAUGGCAAUAAAAAAGCAAAUAAUCAAAUAAAUGAACAUCAUCAUUCAAUAACAGAAACAAUUAUUGAUGAUGAUGAAAAUGCACCAUUAGAUUUAAGUUUAAAAUCAACGACAAAUAAUUCGUCAUUAAUUAUACCAAAUAAUCGAACAAAUGUCAAGUUACAUAAUAAUAAAGUAAAUCCUUCAUCUUCAAGUUCUUCAUCAACAUCAAGUGUAUCAUCAACUCGUUCAUCAUCUAUUCAUAUAAAAACUAAAACUAAAUCAAAUCAACCAACAAAUUAUAUACCAAAAGGACGAUCAGCUGAAAUAAUCAAUACUACUACUACUACUACCAGUAAUAAUAAUAAUAAUAAUAAUAAUAAUAAUAAUAAUAAAAUCGUGAUUGGUACCGAUGGUAAACAAAUCCGUCCAAAACGUGGUCAAUAUCGUCGUUAUGAAUCUGAACAAUUAGCUAAAGCUGUAGCAGCUGUUUUAAGUAAUGAAAUGUCCGUACAUAAAGCUGGCUCAUUUUUUGGUGUACCACAUUCAACAUUGGAAUAUAAAGUCAAAGAACGAAAUAUUAAAGUAUCAUCAACAACAAAAAAUAAAAAUGAAUCUACAUCGUCAAUAUCUAUCAAUGACAAUGAUAAUAAUAUACACCAUGGUGAAAACAAUGAUGAAGAUGAUGAUAAAUCGUCGAAAGGACUUGCUACUUGUCUUCCUCCAUCGAACAGUAGUACAAAUAAUGAUCAUCAAGAUACUAUUGAUGAUGACAAUGAGUCAAAUGAUGAUGAUGAGGAUGAGGAUGAUGAUCUUGAAGAAUAA